AAAAAAGAAGCCAUGGUGACGUGUAUCCGGUGUCAUGUCAGCCUGCUACCGAAACCUCAUGGCUAGCGACCAAUACAUCCAUGCUAGCGACGGCUAACACGGUUAAAUGCGUUUUUAUUUUCCGUUUAGUUUUAGUGAUGCAGUUUCAAUAAAACAAGACAUUCCAGAGAUCACGGUCCAGACUUUAUCUCUUUGACCAGUGGAUGUGAGCUGUGGAGGUGCACAUACAGAUGGCAGGCGCUGUACCAGAGAAAAGUCGUGCCUUGAAGUUCGCAGAGCAGCAACUCCUGCGUCAUGGCUGGGAACACGGUAAAGGACUGGGGCGAGGGGAGAACGGCAUAUCAGAAGCUAUCAAGGUCAAAGUGAAAUGUGGCAAAGGAGGGGUUGGUCAUAAGGAAGGGGAGCAGUUCACCUUUCACUGGUGGGAUCAUGUCUUUAAUAAGGCUUCUUCAGGUCUUCAGGUGGAAUCCGAUCAGAACGGUAUUCAAUUGAAGAAGACGAUGGAGAAAGAUGAAGACGAAGGAAUGAUCUCUAAUAAAAAGCCACGGAAAGCCACUCUGGCUAAAGCCAAACUUUAUGGCUGCUUUGUCAAGUCAGCCACACUGCUGUCUGGUCAGGAGCAGCCAGAGCUAAAGUCCUCAAGCUCAGAUGACAGCAGUGGCUCAGAGGAGGAGGACCAGAAAUUGGAUCUCUCCAGCACCACAAAGCUUUCAGAUGCUGAUCUAAUGAAGGCUUGUGGAGGACGCACAGCACACAAGGGAGCCCGCCACGGGUUGACCAUGAGUGCCAAGUUAGCCAGGCUAGAGCAGCAGGAGGCCGAGUUCAUGGCUAAGUAUGGCAAGAAAAGCCAACCAGUAAGUGCUCCAACACUUGGUGUUACGCUAGCUUCAACGACCUCCCCGUCAACUGACCAGAGAGCUGAGAGGCAGGAGGAGACGGUUGAGGACUCUCAGAAGAAAAAGAUGAAAAAGAAGAGAUCUAAGAGUGUUCAUGAGCAAAAUGGUGAUGAAGGGUCUGAAAGGCCUGGAUCAGAUGUUAAACCCCACAAAAAGAAGGAAAAGAAAGCCAGUGAGGACACUGAGGGAAUUACUGAUGCAGUUUCAACUGAAGGGGAUUUGGUCUGUGUUGAAAACAAGGAAGCAGACAAUUCCCAUAAAACAAAGAGGAAACAUAAAAAGAAGAAAAAUAAUGCAGAGCAGAACAAAGAAGAACGAACACCUUCGCCAGAGAGCAAGAGUCCGGAGGAGACUGCUGAGCUGCACACUGACACAAAAGUGAAGAAAAAUAAGAAGAAAUCCUCCAAACACCGCAGUGAACCUGCUGAGGAAGAGGAGAGUUAUGUCACAGAAUCCAGCCAAUCGGAGUUGGUCCAGGACUGUGUUCCAAAAACCAAAAAGAAAAAAGCUGCAGUUACAUUGGAGGAAUCAGAGGUUCCAGAGGAGGAAUCAACUGUAAAGCAGAAACGGAAGAAGUGUAAAAAGGACAAACCAUCUGUCGAAGACAAUACAAACGAGGAGGCACUUCCCCCAAAGAAGAAGAAAAAGAAGAUGUCCAAAGAGUAGUUUUUUAUAUAUUAAAUUAUAAAUGCUUCAGACAUUGAUAACCAGAUUAGUUUUGGCUGAUUGCGGAAAGUAUCAUUCUCUAAAAUCAGCUCUUGUGAGUUAUGCGCCAAACAUAGACUUAGAGGUUCUGCUCUCUGAUUUGACAGAUCUGUAAAUGAAUUGAUAGAAUUAAUUAGUGAUUCAGACCAGUAACAGGGUUAUUCCUUGCCUGCAGCACUUGUCUCUUCUGCCUGUUAAACAACCUCACUAGUAUGCGAUCAUACAGGUUUUUUAAUCAUUCUUAUCUGAGCGGUUAUAUUUAUGAUAACCUGCUGCAGAAGUGACUGAGGAAAUUAGGUCUGGUUAAUUAUUUGCUGGUGAUGCAGAUUUUUUUGAUUGUCAACAAUGUACAACAACAAGAAAUGUGUUCAUUUGAAUCAGUCAAUGGACCAUUUAUCUAAUUAUUAGACUACUUCUCUAAAUGGAGGCCUAGUCCACACAAAUACAAGCAUUUUUGAAAAGGGGAUUUUCCCUCCUUUGCUUUAAAAAAAAAUUCCAUUUACACAUGUACUGUUUAGACAAAUCUCCGUCCCCAUGAAAACACAAGAACGCAAUUGAAGCGCUGUCAAGCCAACAGUCGACGAUAUAACCAAGACCUUCGAGGAAGAAGACUUGCGAGUGUCUCUUCCAUGACCUGAGAUGUUGCGGUUUUGGAUUACAGUACAAUGAAACAGUAACUGUACAUUUAUGUGUACACAUAUAAAAAGUCCUGCUAGUAAUCCUGUUAUAACACUAUUCUGGCCCCGUUGCAAGAAAUGUUGCUUUAUUUGUGACGCCUCGCAAAGGAGAAAACAUGGCACUCUGAUGUUACAAGCC